AUGUCUUACCAGCAGACUCAGUACCCUCCCAAUGCUUAUCAGCAGCCCGGUUAUGGUCCCCCUCCUGGAGAGUACUACCCUCCGCAGGGAUACCCGCCCCAGGGGUAUGGCCAGCAAGCCCCACCGAUGCAAUAUCCUCCACAACCUCAGCCCGCUCCUCAGCAAAAGAGCUCGGACCGUGGGUGUCUCGGUGCAUGCUUGGCCACUCUGUGCUGUUGUUUCGUCUGUGAAGAGGGAUGCGAAUGCUGCGCCGACUGCAUUGAGUGCUGUGAGAUGUGCUAA